GUCAUUUCUACCAGCUCCUUCUGGUGUCUCUCUGACGGCACAACAGCCCACAAUGGUGAGGUCCCUGGCCUUCCAUCUGCUCCACCUCCCUGCCUGCCUUGCCUUGGUCCAGCUGCUCACACCCUGCUCAGCUCAGUUUGCUGUGGUUGGACCCCCUGAGCCCAACCUGGCCAUGGUGGGUGAAGUUGCUGAGCGGCCCUGUCACCUGUCCCCGAAGAUAAGCACGGAGUCCAUGGAGCUGAUGUGGCUGCGAUCCGGCCUCAGGCAGGUGGUUCAUGCAUAUGCACACGGCAAGGAAGGCACAGAGAGAGCAGAGUAUCGAGGGAGAACGUCGAUUUUAAGAGAGGACAUUGCUGAGGGGAAGGCCGUCCUGCGGAUUCACAAGGUGAGAGUCUCUGACAGUGGAACCUACCAGUGUUAUUUCCAAGAUGCCGAUUUCAUUGCAAAAGCCCUGGUGGAGCUGAAGGUUGCAGCCCUGGGCUCUGAUCUUCACAUUGAAAUGAAGGGCUAUGAAGAUGGAGGGAUUCGUGUGGAGUGCACGUCUGCAGGCUGGUAUCCACAGCCCCAGGUAGAGUGGAGAGGUGAUUGGGGAGAGAGCUUGCCCACCAUGGCAGCUCGGGUCUCAGAUGGAGAGGGUCUGUUCGCAGCCACGUCAUCUGUGAUCCUGAAAGGCGGCUCUGGGAAGGGGGCCUCCUGUUUUGUCAGAAACCCCCUGCUCAGUCAGGAGAAGACGGCCAGGGUCUCCAUUGCAGGUGAGUGCCCAGCCCCACACUGAGAUCACCUGUGGCCACUGGGAGAAGGAGGCCUGAGUGUCUGCUGCUGACCUGGGUCUGUGCAGUGAGCAUAAGGCUCAGAACAGGGACUUGGGUGC